CCGCCCCCCAGUCUCUGUUGACACUGCGCGCGCACCGCCUCUCCUCGCAUCGAAUUUUGCUCAUUCCUCGUCGAACCCAGCUCCGACCAGUCGCAGACGUCAGUAGCCGUCCCGACGCCGCAACAUGAGUGAAGAAAGUGUCCAGUUUUUCGAGGGCGUCGAAAAGCUCCUCGAGAUUUGGUUUACCGGCGACGGCGCCGCCUCCCAGGCGGCCGACCUCCGAAAAAUCCCCAGGGGCAAGCUGGAGUCGCUGCUGAAGAUCGUCCGCUGCGAGAUCAUCAGCUUCAUGAAGAACGAACAGGUGGACGCGUACGUGCUCAGUGAAAGCUCGAUGUUCAUCUCGAAGCGGCGCUUCAUCCUCAAGACCUGCGGCACCACCACGCCUCUGCUCUGCCUGGAGCCCCUGCUGCUGCUCGCCGAGCAGUACGCCGGCUUCACCGAGGUGGAGGACUUGUUCUACUCGCGCAAGAACUACAAGCGGCCCGACCUUCAGGUCACUCCCCACAAGCACUUCGACCAGGAGGUGGCUCUCCUGGACUCGCUGUUCCCCGACGGCGUGGCCUAUUGCAUGGGGGCCGUGAACAAGGACUGCUGGUACUUGUAUACCUUGAACCCCUUCACGCGCAGGGCGCCUCGCCAGCCCCUGCCCGUGCUGGACGAGCCGGACCAGACGUUGGAGAUACUCAUGACCGACUUAGACCCCGAAGUCAUGAGCAUCUUCUCCAAGGAGGAGUCGCUGAACGCCACUGAAGCAACCAAGAGGUCCGGCAUCGACAAGAUCAUCCCCAACAUGAUCAUCGACGACUUCCUGUUCGAACCGUGCGGUUACUCCAUGAACGGGGUCACAAAAAAUAUAAGCGCUGAAAUGUCCGACGGCUGUUACAUGACGAUCCAUAUCACUCCCGAGCCGGAGUUCUCGUACGUGAGCUUCGAGACCAACGUUCCGUGCAGUUCGUACCGCGAGAUCAUCAAUAAGGUUCUGGAUACGUUCCUGCCGGGGAAGUUCACCGUGACGGUGUUCGCCAAUCAGGCGUCGCCCACGAAGGACACCGCCGAGGAGCUGCAGUACCUCAGCACCAUCGGCGAGUGGCAGCGCCGCGACGUGCAGCACUGCCGCUUCAAGAACUACGACCUCAUCUACACCUUCUACUCGAAGUUCCCGAGCUGAGGGUGUCAGGUAAAGUUGUACUUUAGUGCAGCUGUCUCUCCACCCCCCCUAUCAUUGCUCCGCCUCCUUCUCGUCAUCCGAUCGCUCGUCUUCCUCGAACUCUCCUCCGAGUACAAAAUUCUCCAAGCGCCGCUCUACCGCGGCUACUCCAAGUUCUCCAAACAUAUCUUCGGCCCGUUCUCCUUCAUCCACAUCUUCUUCUUCCUCUUCGCUCCCGUCUUCACCUUCACCGCGUUCGAGUCGCCACUGGUCUUGUUCUCGUGGUGGCGCAACAAGAUCUCGUGAGAUUUGCUUAAAAACUUUUAAAGCCAGUAGGGUGCAUAGUGGACGUAUGUGUUGUUUUUACCUUUUACCUAUGAGGGUUAGGAGAAACAUGCAUGAGAGUUUUUUUCGUUUUCAUCUGUCCAACACUAUGUCGAUGCUGCUUUAAGAGUUUUUUCUGAUUUCUUUGUUACAAAUUUUAAGCUAGAGUGGCCAAGGGCACUUUCUAUUUACCUUUCAAGGACCUUGAGGGAUAUUCGACCUGUAUUUUAACUUUCUUUUUCGUUGUCGAAAUUACUGUUUACAAGCAGGGUUGCAAAGGUCCAUUCAAAAAGUAAGCUAUUGUGACUUGACGCUGGUCCCGGCGCGUCAGGGGCUGCUGAGCGAAUAAUAGCUUAUUUUUUACAUAUUGAGAAUUCCGUAUUUUUUAUCUAGGGUUAUAGCAUUUUUUAACACUUUAUUUACGUUAGUGUAAUGUUAAUUAUAUAGAGAAUCAUUUUAAAAUAACGGCUAGACUAGAUUUAACCUUGGGACAUAUACAAAAUGUUGAUGUUUAAGAUACUUUAACAUAAUAAAGUUUACUUCAAUUUA